AUGAAACCCGCACGCACCUCUGCCUCAGAUCACCGCCAUCCCGCAGCGCAACAGAGCUAUAUACAACCACCCACCGCGACCAUGGCCGAUGCACAAUUUGACAGCGCGCUCGAUCUCCUUCGACGCCUAAACCCGCGCGAUACCAAGAAGAACCUACAAGCCAUCACCUCAAUUGUCCCAGACCUCACCGAAGACCUCCUCUCCUCCGUCGACCAGCCCCUGGAAAUCCGUCGCUGCCCCAAGACCAACAGAGACUACCUGCUCUGCGACUACAAUCGCGACGGUGAUAGCUACCGCUCACCAUGGAGUAAUGAGUUUGAUCCUCCACUUGAGGAUGGGACCGUUCCUAGUGAGCGCGUGCGCAAGCUUGAGGUUGCGGCUAAUGAGUCGUUUGAUGUUUACCGCGAGUUGUACUAUGAGGGUGGUGUUGGAAGUGUUUAUUUCUGGGAUUUGGAUGAUGGAUUCGCUGGUGUGAUUUUGCUGAAGAAAGGUGUCACCCCCGGCGCUCAGAGCUCUGGUGAAUGGGACAGCAUUCACGUAUUCGAGGCUACUGAUCGCGCUCGCAUGUCGCACUACAAGCUUACCAGCACGGUUAUCCUCCACCUCGCCAACAAGACUGAGGCCCUGGGUGAUAUGGACUUGAGCGGGAACAUGACUCGCCAGGUUGAGGUCGAUCUGCCUGUGGAGUCGGACGGUAGCCAUGUCGCCAACGUUGGCAGGCUAGUCGAGGAUAUGGAAUUGAAGAUGCGGAACUUGCUGCAGGAGGUCUACUUCGGCAAGGCAAAGGAUGUGGUUGGCGAGCUCCGAAGCUUGGGACCCCUGUCCGACGCAAACAGAGAUCGGGCGACACAGCGGGAGAUGAUCGCUUCUAUGCAGAAGUAG